AUGGCCUCUCACCUGACUCUCGAUGGUCCAGACUGCAACCGGCAGAGCGCUUACCCCGAAGAACAGCUUGGCCUAGGUUCGAAAAUCAGAUUAGGCUGAUGACUGCCUGAUGAGUGUUGUUAGAACUCCAACAGCAAUCGUGUAGAAGAUCGCAAGAUGAGCUAAUUACGGUACUGCAGACUCGGCUGAACUACAGGAAGGCCCAGAUGUCAGUUGGUCGAGUUGACAUACGAGUGCCACAGAUCAAGUGUUGGUCGUGCCUCCUUUGAUCUGUCCAGGCCUAUGAUGUCCUAUCCCUGAAGGUAGAAAAUAUAGCCAGUUCUUCCAAUGUGAGUUACAGGUUGAGAGUUUGAGUCUGGCCUCCGCCCCGCCCCCUCCAGCAGGCGGUUUACAAUUUCUGCUCGGUUUUCCCAAAGUAGGUUCAGUCUUCAUCCUUGCAACAUAUUUGAUAGACAACUGCCGGGGUUUCAGAAGGCCGGCAGUCCGUCCUUAGGUUGCCUCACAAGUUGAGAUAUGGCAGUCUGGGGUCGGUUGAAUAUGCCCACCGUGGUGGGUUGCAACAGUCUAGAAACCGCCUCGGAGAAUCCUUUAAUGUAGGGACUGGUGCUCCAAAACGGGACUGCUGCUCACUUAGCCAUCGUCUGUUCGGUCGGCCUCUGCUUUGUUCAUUAAAAUGGAUUAGGCAUUUACUGAUUUGAAGAAGUGUGGUCGAGCGCCAGAGACAUUUUGUUUAUUGUCCGAACUCGAGCAGGAGUCCAUCGUCAGAGUUAGUACCAGCAAUAAAACAAUCAACAAUGAUAGGGCGCAUAAGCCAAUCGUCGACAGACAGCGCAAGACUGGAGAUAAUUGCACAGGGCUCUGUACGCCAGCGCCAGAUCGAUAAAUCGAUUGACUGAGUUCUCAUCCGAGGCCUAGGCUUCAAUCAAUUCUCGGCCCGCUUUGUUUCCGAAGUGGGCGACGAUUUUGGUGGUUGCAAAGUUAAACUCAUGAGGAUAGGCACCUUCUGGCCUGUGUUAAUUUGCGUGGACCCAUUGUAAUAGAGCGCGUUUGUGAGACAGAGGAAGAUUUGUGUUUACGUUUAGGAUUUGCCUUGUGCUAGUGGGUUUUAUGAAUACUGUAGUUUGCAGUUGCCCACCGACACAAGAAACCAUCGAGGAAGGGAAGAUGGUUGUUUAAUUCAACUUCCAUCGCGAAGUGAAUAUUCGGACCAACUGAGUUCACUUAUUCUUUAAGGUGUUUAGUGUGAGCUGUUUUCACAACGAUGAAGGUCUCGGACACAUUGAAUUCAGGACUUUGAUUGAUACUUGUUGAACAGCAAGCGUUCUAGCCGAUGAAGGGCCAAUGAUAGAGGAGUGCCUUCAAUUUGUCCGCACGCUUGCCCACCAAUAAGAAAAUGAGUUUAAGCUCGACAUUCCUACUUCAGGGACGUGUCUCUCUCACAACGCCAUCCAAUAGUUGACCCAUAAAAUCUCUCAGUCGUUGUUGUCGAAUCGAGGUGAAGAGCGAAACGACAUCAAAGAAUAUAAUCGAUUAAUCUGCCCCUUACUCCAGACGUUUAAUGCGUCCAAAUAACUGGCUGGCAGAAGCAACUGUCGUUGGUAGCCUUCGACCAGAAAUUAAUCGCGAAAAAUAUCAAUUUUGCCUGAACGGCAUGACGCCUUGUGUAUUCCCGGUAGACCGUAAAACAAGCUGUGACAGAGUCAGUCGGUUUCGUAGAGAGCCAGUCACCGGCUGAGAGUUUUGUCAGACUUUUGUUUACCUGGAUGAUCAUUUUUUUCAUUUCACUAGCACGUAGUCGGUCAUCGGCUAGGCUCUGCAUUUUGUUAUGGAAGUCAGAGUCAUUGAACAAAACUGUGGAAUGACCCUUGUCAACCUGCAGAACAAUUAUCUCCUUGUCCACUCCUAGGCCUUUUAUUGUCAUAGGCAGAAACCUCAGCAGUUGUCUACAAAAUACGUUGAUAGGGACUUCAACUGCGUCAAGAAAACUGAACAGAAACUUCACGAGCAUAAACUGGCAACUGACAGCAUAGACCCAAACUGUCAACUUUCAACGCGCAUUGAAGGAACUGGCCACGUCUUUUGCCUUCAGGGAGAGACCAUCUUAGGGUGGGGCAAUUCAAAGGAAGAACGAUUCACAUUAGGUGUUUGGUAUUCAGAUCCCAACUCUACCAGUAGGCAUCUUGACCUUCCUACAGCCUAUGAAGUCCUGCGUCAUUACGUGCACAGAAGGCAAGACAAGACGGCCACACAGACCUUAUGAAAGUCGCGCAGACACGGCCCGACGAGUAAUUCGCUGAUACAGGCGAAAUUUCGAGUCCUAGUAGAUGAAGUAGUGUGGUCGAGCGCCGGAACACUUUGUUUACUGUUCUGAGCCUCCGAACUCGUGCAGGAGUCCAUCGUCAGAGAAAGUUGCAGUAACAGAACAAGCAACGGUGAUAGGACGCAUAAGCCAAUCAUCGGCCGACAGCGCUAGACUGGAGGUGAUUGCACAGGGCUUUAUACGCCGGCACCAGGUCGACAAAUCGGUUGACCGAGUUCUCAUCCAAGGCCCAGGCUUCAAUCAAUACUUGGCCUGCAUUGUUGCCGGCACGGGCGACUAUUUUGGUGGCUGUGAAGUUAAACUCGUGAGGGGAGGAGGAGGAAAGGGACCGCCAGAGCGAACAACCCCCGCAGGGGGCUAAACCAUCUUCCAUCAAAGUCGAUAGCCCAGAAAGAACGCAUUUGUCGUGCACCCUGUAAAUCCUCCAAAAGUCCGAGGCAAAGUCGACUUGUUCGCCACGCCAUUUUCAUUUUGCGCAUUUGACUCUUUGACAAUGGUGAGCUGACCGAGCUCUCCGGAACUUUGAUAGUCCAAUAAAUCUGUUCUAGUAAGCCUUUCCUAUUUCUUCAAAUACCUAUCUGUUCUCAAAGAUCUGGUAGCAAGGACAAAAUCGCUAAUAUCUCAAGCAUUGCACAGUUAAAACGCACGGAGAACGGGUAACUGUGUGCAAAUCUCAGAGACAUUUUCCGUCCUUGGGUCGCAGGAAAAACUUUCGUCUCCAUCCUAUUGAAUCGCACGAACGCGCAUCUGUGAACUCCAAAGACAUUGCAAAACCGCAGGCCAGAUAUUCGUGGUCCGCUAACGAUGGACCCGAAAGCGUCAUAUUGAACUUCCGAUGUCCUGAGGCAUCCACUUAAAACCAGAAUACAACUUCAGGACGGGGUGGUGGUUCACGUCACGAAGAACGAGACAGCCGCUGAAGCAUUCUUGGUGACAAAUAGGGUGAAGCAGGGUUACGUUCCAUCCUGUUCGUCGUGUCAGCCGCUAUGCUCAUUGAUAUCUACCGUGAACAGCCACCGGGAAUCGACAUCGAUUACUGAACCGACCGAAAACUGCUCAACAUCCGUCGUGUGAAGUAACAUUCGAGUGCAUUCAAGGCCGGCAUCCAUUACCUAUUGUCCGCUGACGCCUGCACGCUAAACAUCACGACGGAAGACGACACGCGGCGGAGUUUGGAUGUUUUCGCCAUCGCCUGCUCCAACUUCGGACUGACCAUUAGCAGUGAGAAGACAGUGACCGGCACCAAAGGUUCACAACACCGAGCCCCGUGUCAAUAUCAACAGAAAUCGCAUCACGGCGGUGAAGAAAUUGGCGUUAAUUCGAGGUACGACUUCAAGAAACACUGAGAUUGACUAUUUAACCGCAAGUUGAAGCUCCACAGCUAGCCAAGGUUUCGAUCGGCUAAGGCCUUUGUCUGGAACCAUCGCAGUAUUCUACUCAAAAUAAAACUGAGGAUGCGCAAGACUUUCAUCCGGACAACGCUCAUAUACGGGGCGGAGACCUGAACGGUUUAUGAAGGCCAGGCAAAGCGACUCUACCAUUUCAGCCGCCCUAGAGUUGGCGGGCAGGAAAGAAUCUCAGACACUGAGAUCCUAGAAGUAACUGGAGGCCUCAGGAUCAGCGUCACGCUGCGGCAGAUAUAACUCCAAUGGAGCGAUCACGUAGUGGAGAGAGAGAUGGCGUGACGUACUGCCGCAAGGACGAGGCAGCCGACUAGCCACCACCAAGGCACAGUGACUCAGAUGUUAUAGACCACUAAUGCACGUGCCCAAACUCUGCCAUCGUGUCCACACUGUCGGCAGACAUCCCGGACACGGACCGGCCUCGUUGGACACCUGCGGAAGCAGUGCAAUUUCAACGCCACCAACCCGCCUCUGAUAUCACAACACCCCGCAAAUAGUCUCCCCAUCCUACGAAACAUUAGUACCAUUGACCCUACCACCGGUAAUGCGGGCCUAAUCCAAACAUAUGCCCAUUUUGAGUGUAAUUUCACAUUACGCAUUGGCCUGGUCAGCGAAUCCGUCGCACUGGGCCUCAUAAACAAAUGGCAACAGUCCCAAUAUAUUCCCCAUCUCACCCCUCUCAUCUGUCUACACUGCUUCGGGUUAUUCGGUCAUUACAUGGGCCUUUUUGGCCGUAUGUAAAUCCUCUGCAGGAUCGCACUGCAGACCCCAUUAUCACACCAUACCCUACCUACCCACAGAUCCCUAAGCUACUAAUGAAUCUCGAUAGUACCACAUGCCACAGCCCGCAACAUCCGGCAGCAAACAUCUGGUCUGAUUUGCCAAAGCCGGCAUGAUAGACGCUAUGUCGCAUGACAGAAGGCGCAUAUCUCAUGUAAGUAGAAAGCAUGUUCUUUGAUACAUGCCUGUACAGGAAGGGGUCAUCAGAUCAUGUGUGUAUGUGUCGCAUAUAGACGGACUGUCAGCCCAGUGUUUGUGUGGAGCGGCCGACUGAUGGUGUAAGAGUCAGGUUGCAAUGGCUCCUUCUUAAUGUGGCCAUUAUGACACUCACUCCGUGGGAUUCGAGCCAGGUGUGGUUCCGGCCGUGCCAGCUACCCUUUUGUUGUUGGUCAAAAACCUGGUCAUCUGCUGCGUGGACCAAGGCGUGUGAAGCUCGACCGCGUCAUCUACCUGCGUCGCCCCCGCCUCCGGUCUUUUUGGCUCUGUCUUGACGUCGUGUCCAGGUGGAGGAGGAGGGUGGAGUGUGAUAUAUGCAGUGAAAGUCUACAUUCGAUAUAAACUAAGUUACGCACAAGUCACCGUCCCUGCCCCACCUCGCUGUGGGGCACACGUUGGACACCGUCGGCAACGACGGUCGACCUGUCAAACGGACUCUGUUAGCCACUGCGCUUAAUCGCAUCAUCAGCCACUUUUUAGGCUCAGACAAUUGACUGGUGCCGCCAAUACGAAGCCCCCCAGGUCUUACAAGGGUAUGGUACAGGUCAUGUGGACCGGAUCGCGCACGGCGUGCGCAGACGAACUAUCUAUAUCUGUCAGUCACGUCGCCCGAACCCACCUCCCUCCUCCCGGUCGCCUUGACACUGCUUUACUGCAUGGUCCGGGGGGGGGGGGCGAGGGAGGAGAGAGUGCAGCUGGUGAUGACAAAAUCCGUCCCACUGUAAACCGGUUCUCACACAAGUCCCUGUGUGGCACACGACAAAAGUCGGAGCUCGUGACAGCCGAACUGGUACUAGGUCGCGGGGUUUGACAAUUCAUUUUUCUCUUCCCCUUACUGCGUGGAUUCGAAUCCCACCAAGGCGCCGAUUUUUUUACAGUUGGGUCAAUAUGAAUUAUUCAAGAUUUGCCAAGACACAUGCGAAUUACGUGAGCCUGGUAGUCAUCUGGUGGAUUCUAGGUGAAUUACUUAGGAACUCCUGCUUAGGCAGUCAACCUACAGUAUCAGAUUUGGUGGAUUCCAGACGUUGCAGUAGGUUGGGCGGGUAACUUGACCCAAAUGUGAAUAAACUCGCGUCGUCCGGCGGGGCCUCGUAGCUCAAAUGGUUAGAGCGUUGGCUGCACUAAAGCCUGCCCCUUAUUGCGUGGGUUCGAAUCCCACCGAGGCGCCGAGUUUUUCACAGUUGGGUCAAUAUGAAUCAUUCAAAAUCUGCCAAAACACAUGUGAAUUCAUUUUUCUUCUUGAGGUCGCUGCCUAUCCUAUUGUUCCACUGGCCUCAAAACGACCCGCCAAAAAUGUGCGGGAUGCCAUAUGAACCCUCCUUAAACUACUGCCCAUGCAAGGCACAAAGCAUGGUAAAACUAUUGAAAAACCUCAAACUUUUCUGCCCUGAUUAGAAAAGAAACAAAAUCCCCCCUACCCAAGCCGAACCUUACACCCCUGUCUGCAGUAAUUUCAAAUCCCAAGGAAGGUUCCAAGCAGCCAGACCCUAGCAUCCUCAUCGCCCUCCGAGAUCCGGGAGGUCCACUCGUUGCUCAAAGAUGGCGACCGUCAGCUCUUCGCAUAAUUUACUUUCGCAGCGGCUGUCUGCGAAGUAUUCAAGCAGCAACACAUCGUCCCUGCGGUAAGCACUUUUGCAAUCAACGUCGCGCUCUCAUAUUUGCGCCUCAUCAGCCAGUAGCGUAGUCGCUGCUUCCAAUCGGCUCAGUGCUCAGGUGACUUGAUCGAUCUUACGCCUGUGAAGCGCGUCUGCUCAUCACACGACCGUCACUCCGAGCCGAAACCGCAAUCACAGCACGUCAUGUCGCAUAAGACGCCUGUCUGCGAUGGCUGUAAAAAGCCAAAUGAGGCCGGAAAUGACCUACCCUGCAAUCACUUCCUGUGCAAGCCCUGUGUGGACAAGGAAUUGGAAAAUAGCAACCCCAAGUGCACUGCCUGCCAGAAGGAGUUCACAAAAGACCACCUGCAACCACACUCCUCCCUUUGCAUGAAUCUCACCUGCCAGGGAGGCGAUACCUGCGGAAAGACGCAUCUGGAGGAUAUUGUACCAAAGACGUAA